AAAGGAAAGAAAGAGACGAAGAAAGAGUGAGUUCAUCGUCUCUACCCAAAGCUUCAUCUCUAUCGCCUCUUCUUCUUGUUGUCCCGUCGUUCCUUCUCUCCCAAGACUUCCCAGACUCCCUUGGCUACAAGGAUCGCAGCCACGAUCGAGCUACAAAGCCUCAUCCUUUGCUGAUUGGAUUCCAUUAGGCCGAUCUAGGGAUGGCGGAGGAGGAGGACUACGCCUCGUCCAGCGAUAUGGAGGAAGAGGACAUGUCCGGCUUCUAUCUCAGCGAUCGAGAGGAAGACGUUCUGGAGGAGACCGUCCUUCAGGGACUCGAAUCCCAGCACGAGGAGGAUUGCCACUGGUCCGUCUCCUCGGUUAUCACGAAAGAGUCUCUUUUGGCUGCACAGAAAGAGGAUUUGAGAAAGGUGAUGGAGUUGUUGGCUCUUAGCGAGCAGCAUGCCCGAACUCUCCUAAUUUAUUAUCGUUGGGAUGUGGAGAGGAUAUUUGAGUUGUUGGAGCAGAGGGGGAAAGAGAAAUUGUUUUCAGAGGCUGGAGUGACUAUCAUUGACAAGAGUAAUGUCAUUGGCUUGUUAAAUUCAUCGCAGACAGUAAACUGUAGUAUCUGUUUUGAGGAUGUUACACAAAAUUCAGUGACAGAGAUGGAUUGUGGGCACUCCUAUUGUAACGAUUGUUGGACAGAACAUUUUAUUGUCAAAAUAAAUGAUGGGCAAAGUCGCCGAAUUAGAUGCAUGGCUCCCAAAUGCACUGCUGUUUGCGAUGAAGCCAUUGUCCGAACUCUAGUCAGUGCUAGACAUCCAGAUAUUGCAGAUCGCUUUGACCGGUUUCUUCUUGAAUCAUAUAUUGAGGACAACAAUAAAGUCAAAUGGUGCCCCAGCAUACCGCAUUGUGGAAAUGCAAUACGUGUCGAGGGUGAUAUUUGUUGUGAGGUGGAAUGUACAUGUGGCAUUCAAUUUUGUUUCAGUUGCUUAUCCGAAGCACACUCACCUUGUUCAUGCCAGAUGUGGGAGCUUUGGACAAGAAAAUGUCAGGAUGAGUCUGAAACAGUAAAUUGGAUGACAGUUAACACAAAGCCAUGCCCCAAGUGUCACAAGCCUGUUGAAAAGAAUGGUGGUUGCAAUCUAGUCGCAUGUAUAUGUGGACAAGCUUUUUGUUGGUUAUGUGGCGGUGCUACUGGACGAGACCAUACCUGGUCGAGCAUUGCUGGACACAGUUGUGGACGCUUCAAAGAGGAUAUUGCUAAGAGGACAGAACGGGCUAGGCGUGAUCUCUAUCGAUAUAUGCAUUAUCACAACCGAUACAAGGCCCAUACAGAUUCUCUUAACCAAGAAAGCAAUCUCAAGGAAAGUAUCCAGGAAAAAAUAGCUGUAUCAGAAAGUAAGCAAUCCAAAAUUAAAGAUUAUAGUUGGGUGAUGAAUGGGUUGAACCGGCUCUUCAGAUCAAGGCGUGUGCUCUCUUAUUCAUAUCCAUUCGCAUUUUACAUGUUUGGUGAUGAGCUCUUCAAGGAUGAGAUGACACCUCAAGAAAGGGAUAUGAAGCAAAACCUAUUUGAGGACCAGCAACAACAGUUAGAGGCCAAUGUAGAGAAACUUUCCAUGUUUUUAGAGAAGGAGUUUCAGACUUUCAGUGACGAUGAGGUAUUGGACACAAUGAGUCAUGUGAUUAAUUUGUCCAACGUUGUUGAUAAACUAUGCAAGCAAAUGUACCAAUGCAUUGAGAAUGAACUACUUUAUCCUCUCCAACGUGCAACCCACAAUAUUGCCCCAUACAAAUCAAAAGGCCUCGAGAGAGCGACUGAACUCUCCGUUUGCUGGGAUUCUGAUCAAAGUCUUAGGAGCACGAAAAACAAUAAUGAAGGGAGCUGUGCAAGAUGGGAUUUGGCUGUGAAUGGAAUCGGAACAACUGGAACAGGCAGGCAUUCCGGUAGUCAAUUUCCUGGCUCUUCUAGUUCUGAUGAGAGUGGAUGCUCGUCCACACGGAAAAGGCCUAGAAGAGAUGUUGCUGGAGCUGCUGCACCUUUUGAUCUCAACAUGCCACCUGAAGUGAUUGACAACAGCCGAUAUUAGUCACAGCAUUUGCAACUGUACAGCUUUGACUUGGACCAGUAAUGGCUACUGAGCGAAUGAGCUUUCCUGGUGUUUCUAAGUUGUCAUUCUCCUCUGAAAGUGCGCCAUCAAGAUUUUAGUAGAUAGUUUGGGGGAAAAUGAUAUGCUCAUUGAGUAGUCACUUUCAUUUUUGUAUAUGAUGUGCUAAAAGAAUCUGUGCAUAAUUUUUAGAGUAUGUUCAGGCCUGUUGGACCUAUCACCAACCCUGUUGAGUUCUGUGCCUUCCACUCUGGAAGAGUACUUGCGGGUUGUGGCUUUUAUGGCAUCCGAGCUAACGAUACCAUAAUUUAUGAGAAUAAAUACUGAUGGUUUGUUAUGGUUAUCA